GGCAACACUGUUGGUUGUUUACUUUUUAUCUUCUGACUUCUGAUAAUAAAUUAUUUGUUGGGUUAUGUUUUCUUUUUUUUACACACAUUCCUUUCGUUUAAUUAUUAUUAAAAUGAUCCUGAACGAGAACGGUACAAUAAACUCGUGCGUGAUUUAAUUUCGAUGCAGUCAGCAGUUCGCGCCAUUAAACGUGCAAAACCAUGAAAAGUGACAAUUUACCAAUAUUGGAUUGGACCUUAGAAUAUACAAAAUGUUAUUUACAAAACCAGGGCCUGGCAGAUAACAGUAUCAGGAUCCUUUGUGAGGAAAACAAAGUGGACGGAAAAUGUUUGCUUUGCUUGAACGAUAACGAUUUUACUGUGGAGCCAAUCAGUAAGUUGACUCUUCGAGACAGAAAAGCUCUGUAUUGCACUUGCAAGGCUCUGCAAAGGGAGAACCACGAUAUACUGAUAAAGUUGGGCAUCGCUGAUAGCCCGGAAUCGAGCAUAUACUCCAACCAUCAAAGUUGCAAACAAGAAAGUGAGUAUGGGGAUGUGGAACACAUAUCUCCGACACUGUCGGACGAUGGCAGACCUCGUUUGCCUCCUGAAAAAACCAAAGCUUUCCUCAGCCUUUGCUAUGUAGUAGCCGUCACCUGGAUCACGGCUUUUGUAAUGGUCAUAGUUCACGAUCGUGUUCCUGAUAUGAAGAAAUAUCCACCGCUUCCAGAUAUUUUUUUAGAUAAUGUUCCGCACAUUCCUUGGGCCUUUGAUAUGUGCGAAGUUACUGGAACUUUGAUGUUCACUAUAUGGCUUAUUGUUUUAUUAUUUCAUAAGCAUAGGUUUAUACUAUUGAGAAGAUUCUUCUCCUUAUCCGGCACAGUCUUCCUGCUCCGCUGCAUCACGAUGCUCAUCACUUCACUCAGCGUUCCUGGCACUCAUCUUCAAUGCGAACCGCGCAACACUUUUCCAGUUCAAGGAGGCUCGUCCUUUGACAAUUUAGCUACGAAACUGUCUCAGGCCUACAUAAUUUGGAGAGGGGCCGGUAUGUCUAUUCAAGGAGUGAGGACAUGUGGAGAUUAUAUGUUUAGCGGACACACUGUGGCGCUGACAACAUUGAAUUUUUUCAUCACAGAAUAUACUCCAAGACACAUCUACUAUGUCCACACUCUCUCCUGGAUGAUGAACAUGUUCGGAGUCUUCUUCAUCCUAGCUGCCCACGAGCAUUAUUCCAUCGACGUAUUUGUAGCUUUCUACAUAACAAGCAGGCUCUUCCUCUACUAUCACACUCUAGCUAAUAAUCAAGCUCUCAUGUCUAGAGACUCUACACGUACUCGAGUGUGGUUCCCAUUGUUUUCGUAUUUUGAAAACAGUGUGGAUUGUAUUGUACCGAAUGAAUACGAUACUCCUGCUGAGGUUGCCAAGCAAUUUAUUAAUUUUGUUAAUGAGUUGGUGGUGGACGCGUUUAAAUCGUUAGCGAGUGUUUUCCAAAGACAAGAAGCUUCCGUUGCGGUGUCAAAUAGUAGUAAUACAAGUAAUCAAUCGCAUGUAUCGAAGAAAACUAUGUAAAAAUUCCAUUUUAGGUUUAAAUAAUUCAAAAUCUAAUUUAUUUUUAUUAUUGUUAAAUUAUUUUUUAUUUAUUAAAUACAUUUUUGUUUAUAAUUUGCUGUUUCAUUUAUCUUAAAAACGUUGGAAAAAUGCGUAUAAAUCAAGACUAACACUUUGAAAUACUUGGUGAGCAUUUGAAAAAAAAAAUAACAAUAAAAACUUAAAAUACAAUGUAAUAAAAUAAAAAAUUCAACGGGCAAAUAGCUACCCGUUUUAUUUCAAAAUGUAGACUACCCCUAGAGAAAAACUGUGCAAAAUAGCAAAGGAAUCAAAUUUGAUCAAUUGAAAUUGCAAUCUCAAUUUGAAUGAUGGACUAUAAUAAUGUUAACGAAUACAUUUUUCAGACCCGAUUUUCUCAAGAAUUUCAAAAACUUCCUUCAAAUUAACCACAGAGUAGGCAGAUCUUUUUACAUAACUGCUGACAGUUUCCACUAACUGGUGAUAACCUCGUUCUAUGGAAUCUUCAAGUAAUGG